AAAGGAAAUUAUACUCACACCACUGAGGGAUCUUCAUAGGAGACCUACACCCACCCGCUUAAACCCACCACAGUACUAUAUCAGACACCCACACCCACCCACUUAUAUACACUGUAGUACUAUAUCAGACACCCACACCCACCCGCUUAUAUACACUGUAGUGCUAUUUUGUGUACCCAGAUACACCCACUGUAUCACUAUCACCAUGAGUACCAAAGAAUCAUCUCUUAGCACCAAAAUCCACCAAAUAUUCAGACGGUACAAAGUGGCCAUAUUGCAAAGCUGUUCCCCAAUUCCAGUGCUAAUGGUUGGACUUAUGCUGCUUUUUAACUUGUUUGUAAUCUCUAACAUAAGUCAUGAUUCUUGGAGUGCCCAAAGGAAGAGCCAUUUGCCAACCCACAAAACGGGAAUAUCACAGCACCAAACUUGGAAACCAAACAUGCAAGACGAUAAGGAUAUCAAGACAAAUGUAUUCAGCGCAGGAAGGGCCAACAAGGCUCCUAGUUUUUUCACAAAAAUUAACAAUCUGGUUCUUGUAGAAGGUUUAUCUGUUGAGAAUCAAGACAGACACAUAGAAAACAGGGUAAAUGCACAGUCAAUUGUAUAUAACAAUGGAAAGAUGGCACGCAAACAUAGAAUUAUUGGCCCAAACUAUUAUGAUUAUGAUGAUCCUGACUUAGAGCAAGGAGCCGGAAAUAGACAAGGUGAGAUUGAAAGUUCAAGUAAAGGCCAGGCAUGGCUGAAGUGUAAGGAGAAUCCGAACAUAUGUCCUCAAGAAUUCCAAAAAUGGUACAAAUCUAUGACGCCUCUAUGUGGAGUGAACUUCAUUGCCUUUGACAGAAACUUUGCCUUAUGUCAGAACAUCACUCUCAAUCGACAGAAAGCUAUUGGACAAAAAGGAGGAGAAAGUAUCACAGAAGUGUUAAAUCAGAAGGAGGCUGUAGAGUUUUACAAGUACAAGUUUGGAUUUUAUCAUGUCAGGAACUGCCAAAAAACACCCAAGUAUGUGUUUACUAAAUACCACGGAAAGGGUCACCUCAAGGAUUGGAUAGAAUCAGUGUCAAUCAAAAAAAAUCAUCCCAAUCCACAGCUGACAACAGUCAAUCAGAAUUUCACCAUAGCUGUGACGAGGUACGAAUAUGUUAACUGGUACCAUUCAAUGACAGACUUCUACAAUGCAUUCCUAAUGAUGAAAUUCUUUAGAAAACAACCUGAUGAGAUCAGUGUGUUACUUAUUGACGCUCAUCCUCAAGGUAACCUGGACGAGGUUUGGGCGACAUUGUUUGGUAAUUCUAAACGGCUGAGUGAGACGGACAGACUGGUGACCUACAGAGAAAUGAUCUGGAAUCCAAUGGGUUAUAACAGCAUGAUGAAUCAACACGUACGCAAAACAAUCCCACUUAUUGAUGAGUUCAGAGAGUUUUUUCUUAAAAGAUAUCGCGUGUCUACAAGCAAAAAACUCAACUGUGACAAACUUGACAUUCUGUUCAUAUGGCGUCAUGACUACGUAGCUCACCCACGCAACCCGUCAGGGUCCAUCCUGCGUAAAAUUUAUAACGAAGAUGAGAUCAUUUCCGCAGUGAAGUCAGAGUUCCCAGCCUUCAAUGUCCAGGGAAUACAGAUGGACCAGUUAAAACUGAAAGACCAGCUUGAACUCGUAGCUAAGACAGAUAUACUCGUAGGAAUGCACGGCGCAGGGUUAACCCACACGCUAUUCCUGCCCAAACACGGAGGCCUCAUUGAAAUAUUUCCACAAUAUUCAAAUGUGAUGGGACAUUUUAGAUCUCUGAGUAAUUGGAGAGGCAUCCAUUAUGCAUUCUGGAAAAACAGUGAUGUAACUCUGGAACAUCGGAAUCAUUUCACAGAGAUUCCAACUGCUGUGGUUAUUAAACAGAUUCAGGACAUGGCUAAAAGAAUAGCUACUAACAGCUGCUGACAUCUAUCAGUGAAGUGCUGAUGAUACUAUUAAACUGGUUUCUUAUAUCUGCUAGAAACCUUUAGCUAAUUAUACUUUUGUGGUGAAAAAUUUGAGGAUAAAUAUCAAUCAACAAUGCAACAUGAUUUUAUAUAUAUAUAUAUUUAUAUUUUUUUGUUU